AUGUGCGUUAACUUCCGUGAUCUGAACAAGGCGUGUCCCAAAGAUAGCUUCCCAUUACUCCAUAUUGAUCAGCUCGUCAAUUCAACCGCGGACCACGAGCUCCUUAGUUUCAUGGAUGCACACUCGGGGUAUAACCAAAUUCUAAUGUACCCACCAGAUCAAGAGCAAACCUCAUUCAUCAUAGACCGAGGCCUUUAUUGUUACAAGGUCAUACCAUUCGGGCUCAAGAACAUAGGUGUGACAUACCUACGACUUGUCAACCAGAUGUUUGCUAACUAG